UCCCUGCUGCGCGCGCAGCUUUCGCCCUGUCCCCGCCCCCUUGCCGCGCCGCCUGCUGGUCCCGCGCGCGCGGCCGAGCUUCCCUCAGAACGGCGGCAGCGGCGGCGCCAUGACGGCGGAGGAGCGCGGGGCUGAGGAGAUGAGCGCGGCGGAGGCGGCGGCCGCAGCGGCCGCGGAGGGCUUCGACAUCACCGCCAAGGGCGACGGAGGCGUCCUCAAGGUGAUCAAGAAAGAAGGGACGGGCACUGAAUCCCCCAUGAUAGGGGACAAAGUGACCGUCCACUACACCGGAUGGCUUCUGGAUGGCUCCAAGUUUGACUCCAGCCGGGACCGAAAGGACAAGUUCUCCUUCGAUUUUGGAAAAGGUGACGUCUCUGAAGUGGAAAAAUGGCCCUCUCUUCUCAAUGUUCUACUUAUUUAUUUCUAUCCCGCUUUUGUUGUUUCAGAAAUAGCUCAGUGA